CGCGAGAUUUGUGCGAAAUGCCAUUUUCUUUCGAUUCUGGAGGCUACAGAUCACAGAAUCAGGCCGAGGGUAUUAUCCACAGAUAAUGAAGUCUAUUGAUCCUAUUCUCCACAGAUGAUAAGUUCGUUAAGCAUCGAUUUGAGCCAAUUUAAUUUCGGAUGAUAUUUUCGUAAUUUCUUGAGCGACUAAAGUCCAUUUUCUUGGAAUAUUGAAGGCUACAGAUCAUGGAUUCGGCAUGAGGCUAUUCUCCAACGAUGAUUGAGUCCAUUAAGAUGGAUUUGGACGGAUUUAUCCCGGGUCAAUUUUUGGCAGAUUCCAAAGGGGUACUAUCACAGAUUUCGGGUGAUUUAUUCGAAAUGCCAUUUUCUUUCGAUUCUGGAGGCUACAGAUCACGGAAUCAGGCCGAGGCUAUUAUCCACCGAUAAUGAAGUCUAUUGAUCCUAUUCUCCACGGAUGAUAAGUCCGCUAAGCAUCGAUUUGGGCCAAUUUUGUUUCGGAUGGCAUUUUCGUAAUUUCUUGGGCGACGAAAGUCCAUUUUCUAUGAAUAUUGAAGGCUACAGAUCAUUGAUUUGCCGUGAGGCUCUUCUCCAACGAUAAUUGAGUCCAUUAAGCACCGAUUUGGACGGAUUUAUUCCUGUUCAAUUUUUGGCAGACUCCAAAGGCGUACCAUCACAGAUUUCGGGCAAUUUAUCCGAAAUGCCAUUUUCUUUGGAUUCUGGAGGCUACAAAUCACGGAAUCAGGCCGAGGCUAUUAUCCGCCGAUAAUGAAUUCUAUUGAUCCUAUUCUCCACGGAUGAUAAGUCCGCUAAGCAUCGAUUUGGGCCAAUUUAAUUUCGGAUGGCAUUUUCGUAAUUUCUUGGGCGACGAAAGUCCAUUUUCUUUGAAUAUUGAAGGCUACAGAUCACAGAUUCGCCCUGAGGAUAUUCUCCAACGAUGAUUGAGUCCAUUAAGUACCGAUUUGGGUUGACUUAUUCCGCGUCUAUUUUUGGCAGAUGCCAAAGGGGUACCAUCACAGAUUUCGUGCAAUUUAUCCGAAAUGCCAUUUUCUUUAGAUUUUGGAGGCUACAGAUCACGGAAUCAGGCCGAGGCUAUUAUCCACCGAUAAUGAAGUCUAUUGAUCCUAUUCUCCACGGAUGAUAAGUCCGCCAAGCAUCGAUUUGGGCCAAUUUAUUAUCGGAUGGCAUUUUCGUAAUUACUUGGGCGACGAAAGUCCAUUUUCUUUGAAUAUUGAAGGCUCCAAAUCACGGAUUCGGCCUGAGGCUAUUCUCCAAUGAUGAUUGAGUCCAUUAAGCAUCGAUUUGGACGGAUUUAUUCCGGGUCAAUUUUUGGCAGAUUCCAAAAGGGGUAACAUCGCAGAUUUCGGGCGAUUUAUCUGAAAUACCAUUUUCUUUCGAUUCUGGAGGCUACAGAUCACGGAAUCAGGCCGAGGAUAUUAUCCAUCGAUAAUGAAGUCUAUUGAUCCUAUUCUCCACGGAUGAUAAGUCCGCUAAGCAUCGAUUUGGGCCAAUUUAUUUUCGGAUGGCAUUUUCGUAAUUACUUGGGCGACGAAAGUCCAUUUUCUUUGAAUAUUGAAGGCUACAGAUCACGGAUUCGGCCUGAGGCUAUUCUCCAACGACGAUUGAGUCCAUUAAGCACCGAUUUGGGCGGAUUUAUUCCGGGUCAAUUUUUGGCAGAUUCCAAAGGGGUACCAUCGCAGAAUUCGUGCGAUUUAUUCGAAAUGCCAUUUUCUUUCGAUUCUGGAGGCUACAGAUCACGAAAUCAAGCCGAGGCAAUUAUCUACCGAUAAUGAAGUCUAUUGAUCCAAUUCUCCACGGAUGAUAAGUCCGUUAAGUAUAGAUUUGGGCCAAUUUAUUUUCAGGUGGCAUUUUCAUAAUUUCUUAGGUGACGAAAGUCCAUUUUCUUUGAAUAUUGAAGGCUACAGAUCACGGAUUUGGCCUGAGGCAAUUCUCCAACGAUGAUUGAGUCCAUUAAGCACCGAUUUGGGCGGAUUUAUUCCAGGUCAAUUUUUGGCAAAUUGCAAAGGGGUACAAUCAUAGAUUUCGGGCGAUUUAUCCGAAAUACAAUUUUCUUUCAAUUCUGGAGGCUACAGAUCACGGAAUCAGGUCGAGGCUAUUCUCCACCGAUAAUGAAGUCUAUUGAUUCUAUUAUCCACGGAUGAUAAGUCUGUUAAUCAUCGAUUUGGGCCAAUUUAUUUUCGGAUGGCAUUUUUGUAAUUUCUUGGGCGACGAAAGUCCAUUUUCUUUGAAUAUUGAAGGCUACAGAUCACAGAUUCGGCCUGAGGAUAUUCUCCAACGAUGAUUGAGUCCAUUAAGCACCGAUUUGGGCGGAUUUAUUCUGGGUCAAUUUUUGACAGAUUCAAAAGGGGUACCAUCAAAGAUUUCAGGCGAUUUAUCUGAAAUGCCUUCUUUCGAUUCUGGAGGCUACAGAUCACGGAAUCAGGCCGAGGCUAUUCUCCACCGAUAAUGAAGUCUAUUGAUCCUAUUCUCCACGGAAGAUAAGUCCAUUAAGCACCGAUUUGGGUGGAUUAAUUCCGGGUCAAUUUUUGGCAGAUUCCAAAUGGGUACCAGCACAGAUUUCGGGCGAUUUAUCUGAAAUGCCAUUUUCUUUCGAUUCUGGAAGCUACAGAUCAUGUAAUGGGGCCGAGGCUAUUAUCCCACGAUAAUGAAGUCUAUUGAUCCUAUUCUCCACGGAUGAUAAGUUCGUUAAGCAUCGAUUUGAGCCAAUUUAAUUUCGGAUGAUAUUUUCGUAAUUUCUUGGGCGACUAAAGUCCAUUUUCUUGGAAUAUUGAAGGCUACAGAUCGUGGAUUCGGCAUGAGGCUAUUCUCCAACGAUGAUUGAGUCCAUUAAGACGGAUUUGGAAGGAUUUAUCCCGGGUCAAUUUUUGGCAGAUUCCAAAGGGGUACUAUCACAGAUUUCGGGUGAUUUAUUCGAAAUGCCAUUUUCUUUCGAUUCUGGAGGCUACAGAUCACGGAAUCAGGCCGAGGCUAUUAUCCACCGAUAAUGAAGUCUAUUGAUCCUAUUCUUCACGUAAGAUAACUUCGUUAAGCAUCUAUUUGGGCCAAUUUAUUUUCGGAUGGCAUUUUCGUAAUUUCUUGGGAGACGCAAGUCCAUUUUCUUUGAAUAUUGAAGGCUACAUAUCACGGAUUCGUCCUGAGGCUAUUCACCAACGAUGAUUGAGUCUAUUAAGCACCGAUUUGGGCGGAUUUAUUCCUGGUCAAUUUUUGGCUGAUUCCAAAGGGGUACCAUCACAGAUUUCGGGCGAUUUAUCCGAAAUGCCAUUUUCUUUCGAUUUUGGAGGCAACAGAUCACGAAAUCAGGCCUAGGGUAUUAUCCACCGAUAAUGAAGUCUAUUGAUCCUAUUCUCCACGGAAGAUAAGUCCGUUAAGCAUCGAUUUGGGACAAUUUAUUUUCGGAUGGCAUUUUCGUAAUUUCUUGGGCGACGCAAGUCCAUUUUCUUUGAAUAUUGAAGGCUACAGAUCACGGAUUCGGCCUGAGGCUAUUAUCCAACGAUGAUUGAGUCCAUUAAGCACCAAUUUGGGCGGAUUUACUCCGCGUCAAUUUUUGGCAGAUUCCAAAGGGGUACCAUCUCAGAUUUUGGGAGAUUUAUCCGAAAUGCCAUUUUCUUUCGAUUUUGGAAGCUACAGAUCACAAAAUCAGGCCGAGGAUAUUAUCCACCGAUAAUGAAGUCUAUUGAUCAUA